UAGUUAUAUGCUUAUUGUUUCCAGGAAAGAGUCGAUAUUUAUACAAUAUAUAUUGUGGCUACCUGAAUGUGAACAUGCUGCUCAUUAUAUUAAGAGGAAGUCCAUCAUUUGGCAGUCUCCUGAUGACAUUCAACGAUCCUAUUGACAAGCAGACGAUAGGACCGCGCGCGUGACACGCCUUCCAUUCAGCGAGCGGAACUCCCUCUUCUUCACACUUGGCCAAUAGAAAUACACAGCUCUGAAAUACAGCAAUUAAAACUUGGUACAAAGAUAGUACAUAUCAAUGCUUGUUAGAUUAAGUUUUUUUUAUUAAAUGUGAAUAACUUUUUUUCCGAAAGGAGAAUAGUUUAGUCUCAAAAGGACGUCCAGUAUGGAUUCUUCUAGCAAUGGAGAUUCUGGUCUUUUACCAGUGGAUCCUGUGUCAAAUUGUUCCCCGGGGGACAUACCUAAUACCCCUUCUGAAGAUGUUCUGAACAUGGAUACUCUCUCAAAUGAACACAAGAACAAUCGGUUGUUAGAAACAGACGUUCGAACACCGGAAUCCGAAUCUCCCAAUUCGAAUUCAACAAAUUCAGAGUUGUUGUCUGGUAAAAAUUUAACUUUCUCGCCGGAACAUGUAGCGUGUGUUUGUGAAGCCCUACAACAGAAAGGAGACAUUGAGAGGCUGGGGCGUUUUCUCUGGUCCCUUCCUCCCAGUGAAUUGUUAAGAGGGAGCGAGGCUGUUCUCAAAGCUAGGGCCACUGUGGCAUUUCACCGCGGGGGCUACAGGGAACUAUACGCCAUCCUUGAAAGUCACAAAUUCGAUGAGACCAAUCAUGCUUUUCUUCAGCAACUGUGGUACAAAGCACAUUACAUGGAGGCACAAAAAAUUCGAGGAAGGCCUCUAGGGGCAGUGGAUAAAUAUCGUUUACGAAGGAAGUACCCCUUACCGAAAACAAUCUGGGACGGAGAAGAAACUAUAUACUGUUUUAAAGAGAAAUCACGACAGUCUUUGAAAGAGUGCUACAAAAGCAACAGGUACCCCACUCCUGAUGAAAAGAGGAAUUUAGCAAAGAAAACGGGAUUGACUUUGACACAAGUCAGUAACUGGUUCAAAAACCGCAGACAACGAGACAGAACCCCUCAUCAGAACCCAGGGAAAGAAAUGUUGGAAGAAAGUAUGAUGCAUUCGUUCGGUCACCACCAAGCACACCACCACCAGCACCUUCACCACCAACACCCUCAACAAAUGUGUAACAACGGACAAAUGAUGAUGCCACAUGACUACGGUAGCGAUCUCGCCAUGUCCGCCAAAAUGUUAGACGCGCGCCUACCUGAUGACGUCAGAGUUAACCUGUCAUUCGUCAAAAACGAACCAUUGGCCCCCUCAUAUCUUCGUCCCCCACCCUUCGACCAUUCUCAUCACAGGUUUCCACACACCAUUCCUCCCGUCUGAGAACAAUCCACGCGCCAUGUGGCGUUCUGUGAGUCUCCUUCAUAAUGUGGUAGAUUUUGCCUCGUCACCUGUUACAUGAUACUCGGGAUCUACUGAUAAGUCUUGCCUUUUUUAACUUCACUAUGAUGAAAAUAAUUACAAUUCAGUGAUGGUCGGACUAUAUGACUGCAUUCCAAUUUAUUGAGGGUAUAUUACCGCCAUUAGUCUGCAUUUUUGACAUUUAAUGCUGUUUUUAGUGCUGGCGAUUUCAUUUUGUUGCACUCAUGUUGACAUUGUAUGUUUUGUUGUUAUACGUUAAUUUUCUAAGAAUUAGGUUGAUGAUUUUUUUAAACUAAAUGGUAAAUAAAAUUAAUUUAGUGUGCUUAUGAAUUUAAAAGCAGUUAACAAGGAUUAGAGGAAAAGUGAAGCAUGCGCCAAGAAAGUAGUACUAUUAGUUUUUCAUUGACAACUGUCUCUCGCCUGACGAAAGAUAUGUCUGUUGUCAUAGGUGAAUAGUUUUUUUUUUUUAUCAAUACAUAACAAAUUGAUUUUAGAAACUGAAACACGUAGAUAUGUUGAAUCCAUUUAAAUUGUCAAUAUUAGAUGAAAAUACACCUUUUCUCUAUUAUCAGUUAAUUCAAACACAAAUUAAGGCAGCAUUCACUCCACAAUAUCGGCAAAGAAAUAACCACAAGGCUUGAUAGAACUUUACUUUUAUUUCACUGAUCAGUGCAAAUCUUCAACUUGGUUAAAUUUCAUUUUCUUGGUAACAAUUUUCCACAAUGAAAUUAUGAAGAAAAAUACAUUCCAAUUAAAGGAAAUGAGAUGUAAUAAUCAGAGUAGUGUUCUUUCUUUUAAGGUAUUUUUUAAAAGUGAAAACCUCAUGAACAAAGUAUACAAUUCCAAAGAAACUCUUAAAAAAAAGAUGUUACCGAAAUACAAUUGAUUUAGUUACAUAUUAAGUUACAAAUAAUUAUUUAACGUCAAUUUUGCUGGUAGUACUUUUAAAUAUGUAUUUCUAUUUAAUUUCACGGUGUAGACAAAUCAGAGGAAAAAUAUUCAUUAAAAAGAAAACAUGUUCGGUAUCGUUUGAAAAUUAAUAAUGAAAUAUACAAAGUUCUGGUUAUAUUUCUCCAAUUAAAUUGAUUUUCUCUCUUUCUUUGAUGUCAUUUAUGUUAAGUAAAUAUUAAAUCAUUGUCUUUGUCAUGUAUCUUUUCAAACAGAGAAAUAAAGAGUAUAGCGUUCGGACAUAAAUACAGGAUUUUUUCAUAUGUUCAGGCUUACUGUCAGAUUUUUUUUUUCGCCUUGAGAUUUCUUGUGUUUUAUUAUUUUUUUUUACUUUGUGUAUAUGACCUUCAAAUAUAAGAGAACAAUCAUUACUGUGUGCAUCUAUGUAUGUUAUCCCGGUGUACAGAUCCUGGGUUCAUGGUUUCAUGUCUUAAGAACAUAGAUUCCUUUGUAAUAUGCAAAUGUCCUUUCCUAAUCCUCAACAAUUAUAUAAAAUGGAUGACCAAAUAUAUGUGGUGGACGUCAUAUUCAGUAAUGGAUAAUUCUUAUGAAUUCAGAUGACACACAUCAGUGAUUCAGUUCUCUUCUUCGUGACAAUCGAUGUAAAUUUGUGUAUUUAUUUUUUAUUUUGUUCAAAUAUUUUCAAUAAAUGAACAGACAUUACAAUUCA